UUUAGCUAACACCGGCGCCCGGAAGGUCAGCGUGUGAAGGAGCCGGUGGUAACGCGGGUCUCCCCGCUGUACCGAGGAGCGACGGCCGAGCAGACUAUCUCGGCCUGAGGCGGCGGGGAGAAGCAGACGGACAGAUUGCUGCGACACCAUGGAGGGCGGCGGGGGUAGUGGCAACAAAACCACUGGAGGGUUGGCCGGCUUUUUCGGAGCCGGCGGAGCAGGCUACUCGCACGCGGAUUUGGCUGGAGUCCCGCUAACUGGUAUGAACCCUCUGUCUCCUUAUUUAAAUGUGGAUCCACGGUAUCUCAUACAGGAUACAGAUGAGUUUAUUUUACCAACUGGAGCUAAUAAGACCCGGGGCAGAUUUGAACUGGCCUUCUUUACCAUUGGAGGAUGUUGUAUGACAGGGGCUGCAUUUGGGGCAAUGAAUGGUCUACGGCUAGGAUUGAAGGAAACCCAGAACAUGGCCUGGUCCAAACCAAGAAAUGUACAGAUCUUGAAUAUGGUGACUAGGCAAGGGGCACUUUGGGCUAAUACCCUAGGUUCUCUGGCUUUGCUUUAUAGUGCAUUUGGUGUCAUCAUUGAGAAAACAAGAGGUGCAGAAGAUGACCUUAACACAGUAGCAGCUGGAACCAUGACAGGCAUGUUGUAUAAAUGUACAGGCGGUCUUCGAGGGGUAGCACGAGGUGGUCUCGCAGGACUAACACUUACGAGCCUCUAUGCUCUAUAUAACAACUGGGAGCACAUGAAAGGCUCUUUGCUCCAACAAUCACUCUGAAGAUUUUGCUAGGGUACAAAUGGAGGACACUUUAGUAGUCACCCAGAUCAAUUUAUAAGUCAGUCUGGAGGCAUUUACUUUAUCUACACCUAAUUUGAAAAACUAUAGAGAUUCCAGUGUGCUGUGAUGAAGAUCAUGGAUGGUCGACCAGGACUGGCACUCCUUCCAGCCUUAAUGAGUUGAAGACAAAACACCCUUUGGCGGCUGAGUAACGUGGUUCUCUUAAGAAGAUCUCGCAUCUGUUUUUGCUCCUACCCACUUCUGGAAAACCACUUAAUCCCAGAAUUCAGGUCUGCCUGUCAAUACUGUAUCAGCCACAUUUGUUCAUUUAAUGAUCCAAGACUGUAAUAUUGCUCUGUAUUCCCAAUAAAGGGUGAAAAUACAACUGAAGUCCUAACUCCAACAUUAA